AUAGGCCUACGUUACAUUCACAGCUAGUCGGUGGAACAGCUGUUUUUGGAUCAUCCGCGCGCGCACGGACCGGGGUAACAACAUACAGCAUGGGGGUGACGGGGUCCUGUCAGCUGUUUCUGCUGCUCGCUGUAAGUCUGGAUCCCACCGCGGCGGUCUCAGACACGGGAUUACAGUGUCCAUUAAAUACAUUGGACGCAGAAGUUGAUGAGACUGUGAUUCUGCCGUGUAGGACGACCCCCAAAAUGGAUGUUGUCAACAAAGUGGAGUGGGUGGUUAACGAUACAGUCGACGUCUAUUUGCUCCGUAAUGGAAAACCUGAGUUGGACGAUCAGGGGACGGACUUCAAAGAAAUAACAUCUCUUUUUGACGAUGAGCUGUCUUCGGGGAAUUGUUCUCUGCGUCUGAAAACCAAGAUGUCUCACAGCGGAAGAUACCGCUGCACUGUUAGAACUGCAAAUAAGACAAAAUCCUGUCAUAUAUCCCUCACCGUCCGUCCACGUAAAGGAAGCAACACCACUCCACUCACUCCAUCAGACGGUAUCAACACCACACACAACACCAACCCUCACCAUGGCUCAGGAACUCCACCAGGUGGUGGCGACAACUCCACUCUUCUUCCGGGUGGCAUCGUUGGCAUCGUCAUCGGCGUCAUCAUCGGCAUCGGCGUCAUCAUCGUCGUCAUCCUUCUUGUGAUCUGGAAGCGUAAAAUGAGCUCUGAAGGUUGUGACGGGAUGCGUUCCUGGCCGUUCCCUUUCCCACGCCCUCUCUGCUGUCCCCCUGCUGGGGAAGCUGUUCGGCAGAGCGACCCAGAUGAUCCGGCGCCUCCCACGGAGGACCGAAGAACUGGAGACCAAGACAACAGAGCGAACGAGAUUCAACUGGAAGACAGGAUCGUGGACCCAAACCCUCCAGGAGAUCCGUAGUCUUACGUCCAGUCUACGGCAAGUCUCCCAACGACUUUCUGAGGGAUUCCACUGCCGACUAAUGUUCAAAAUCUGAAUGAAACCCGGAGAGUCUCACUAGAGUCCAGAUCUUUGAUUGCUUUAAGGUCGUAAAACUCCGUUUGUCUUUUCCCUUCUGGAAACCAGACAAAAUCAAACGUGUUUUAAUAUAAAUUAAGUUUUAAGUCUUAAUAGUGAAGUUAAAAUCAUGUGAACGUGGUCAACAACCAAUGGGUGCUCAUACAAACCACCUCCACCAUCUGGCCCCCUCACGGCCCCUCAGAUCCACCUAAGCCGGUCUCCUCUGCACCCACAAGUCCAAACUCCACAGUUUUGGGGAUUGAGCCUUCUCCAGAGCAGAUCCCAGGCUCUGGAACCCCCCUCCCCCAAGAGAUUCUUGAGUCCCUCACUAUCUUCCAGUCCCCCCUUAAGACCCAUCUCUUAGCCUACCCACGCCCCCCCCUCCCUUCUCAUCUGGUUUUAUUUUAUUUUAUCCAUUGUCCGUUGUUUUUAGUGUCUUCCUGCCCUGUAAAGUGGCUUUGAGUCGGUGAAAAGCGCGAGAUAAAUUCAAUUUAUUAUUAUUAUUAUUAUUAUUGUUCUCAAAGUCUGAUCCAAGUCUCCUAGUGUAUGUUAGGCUUUACCUUUAAAUCACCUUCCAGGUAAACAAGCUCAGGUGAAGCUUGCUGCGCUGCCCUGUUAUAACUGUGACAACAAAAACAGCUGUAGCCAAUCAUCCUCAGGGUCAGAAACAGGCUUAUUUCAGGUUAGUUCUCACUCCGGCUGGGUGGUGUAAGCGGCAGCUACACCUCAAUGAAUGUUGGGCCCCUCCGCCCAGCGUUGGUGUUCACAUACGAUGAAUCCGCCCGUCUGAUUGCUGAGUGAAGCCGCCAACACGUGCUCCGCGAUAUCCAACUGCUCUGGCUUUUAUUUUAACCCUUAUGUUGUCUUCCCGUCAACCAUGGAGACAAAAAUGGUUUUUUUUAACACAAUUUUCGCCUUUUAUUGACAUUUUUUAAUCACUUUUCCAAUGCUGUGGGUGCUUUUUUAUGUUGUUUUUCAAAGUUAUUUGAUAUUUCUAAUGACGCCAUGACAAAGGCAAAAACAUUUGUCAUUAAAAAAACUGAAAACGGGUCACAGUUGACCCGAGGACAACAUGAGGGUUAAUAUUAGGGAGAGCGGUUGGAUUAGUUCAACUUUGACCUCGAUGCCAAAGACGUUUCAAUGUGCAAUUACUCCACCUCGCUGUCUUACCUCGGAUCGUUAAUAGGCGGCUUUGACCCUUGUGUUGUCUUCCCGUCCACCAUGACCUUUUUGUCUUUCCGGGUCAAAAUUUGGGCAUUUUUUUUUCUAUGCUUUUGACCCUUUUUAAAACGUUUUUGUCUAACUUGUUUUUCCAUUUUAUUUAUUUGACAUUAUACCCUUAAUUUUUGUUUAAAAAAAGAAAGAAGAAGAGAGCCUAAAUUAUGAAUUAUUUUGCCUGAUGGUUAAGAUCAGACGACGUAUCGUCAGGAUUCUUUAAAUUUAAAAAGAAUUUCAAUUGCUACGAAACUGAAUAAAAACAGCCCAAAUUCAAUGAAAGUAAUCGUUAAAUUUACCAAAGAUCAUGCAUGUAACCAUGUUAUUUUUUUGGGCACUUCUGAUUUUAAAAAACUUGGAAAACGGGUCAUAUUUGACCCCGAAGACAACACAAGGGUUAAAGGUCAAGCCAAGGUCAUUUUACAUGUAAAGUUAAAAUGAUGCAGAGGAGGGAAUGUUUAAAUGUUUUACAGAGAACUAGGGAUGUCCCAUUCACAAGUAUUGGAUCCGAGCCAUUAGCUCUGUUAUUUAGGCAAAUACAAGUACUGGACCGGGACUCUGUGAAUUCUGGAUCAGGGACCAGAACCGCUAACCGGGACAUCCCCGCUGAAAUCUUUAUAGAAUCAAGAACAUGUGCAAUGUGCUAAACACUUAAAGUCACACUACGUUUAUAAAGGGACACUCCCCCUAUCUUAACGCUGUAGCCUAAAAGGUGUGUGUGUGUGUGUGUGUGUGUGUGUGUGUGUGUGUGUGUGUGUGUGUGUGUGUGUGUGUGUGUGUGUGUGUGUGUGUGUGUGUGUGUGUGUGUGUGUGUGUGUGUGUGUGUGAUCACUCCAGUUCUGAAGUCUUUACACUGGCUUCCUGUGCCUCAAAGAAUUGAUUUCAAAGCACUCUUGCUAGUUUAUAAAUCACAAAACAGUUUAGGGACAUACAUUUGUGGUCUUCUACUACACUACGACCACUCAGGUGGUCUGGGACAGGUCUGCUUUUUGUCCCCAGAGUCAGAACUAAACCUGGGUGGUAUUUAAAUGGUUGCUCAUUACUUUAAUUUCUUCUACUGCACUGGAACUUUUAUUCUUGUGUUUCAUCUUGUUUUCAUUUGUUUUUUAACUGUUUUUGGGGAAAGCACUUUGAAUCGGCCUGUAACUGAAAUACCUCGCACAAGCAAGCAUCAAAAUUAUGCACAUGAACUGUAAGAGUUCAGUUACUGACCAAAUGUGCCUGUUACACACACAUAAGGAAGUAGAAAUGAUUUUAUAUUGCCAGUAUUAACUUUAUUUUGAAGGAAUGGAACAGCGUAAAGCUGAGGAAUAUGUGAAGGAAUUGUUUUUAGAGAUUGCUCCUGUGGUGUAAAAUUGAGGUAACAUUGUCUUGUAAUUCAUACAUUUGUAUAUAUUUUUUAUCUUGCACUGCUGACUGCAGAGGCAGUUACCUGUUCUGCAUAAUAAAGUGACAAUGAUGAAGACAACCAACGUGGAUCUUAACCUUCGUAUUUUAUCCGAGUCAAAUUGAUCCAUUUCUAAUUUUUACAAGAAGAAAAAUGGUCCAGGUUCCAUGUUUUCUACCUGAAAUUCGGUUGCUUUUCCGUAUUUCCUGUGAUUACAAAUGUUAUUCCUGAUUUCAUGUAAACAUUUAUUCUGGAUAUUUUGACCACGUAUAUGUUGUUGCCAUCGUGUGAUUUUUUUAAUUCAUUGAAUAUUGAUAACCUUAUGA